UCGCUGCUUCAGCAUAACUCACUCACCAUGCUCCGCUGGCUCCUCCUCCCCUUCCUCGCCGUCGCGCUCGCGCACCGCAUCGAGGUUGAGCAGGGUGACCGCCACUGCUACUUCGAAGACCUGCAAGCACAGGACCGGAUGACUGUCACGUACGAGGUCGGCGGGAGCACACAGGGCGGCUCACUGGACAUUGACUUUUUCGUCGUCGGACCAGGCAAGGUCCAGGUGUACAAGAGCCUCAGCGAGGCGCAGGGGACGUGGUCGGUCACAGCACCCUCGCCGGGACGGUACACGUACUGCUUCAGCAACGAGGUUGGCAACGGGCGCAAGACCGUCUCCUUCAACGUCCACGGCGUCAUGCACAUCGACGAGGAAGAGCAGAUGGCUCCGGUCGAGCGCGAGAUCCGCAAUCUCGCCAGCGGGCUCCAGAUGGUCAAGGACGAGCAGUCGUACCUUGUCGUGCGCGAGCGCGUGCACCGCAACACUUGCGAAGCGACGAACUCGCGCGUCAAGUGGUGGGCAAUCGUCCAGAUCAUCUUGCUCUUCGGCGUGUGCGGCUGGAACGUGCACUAUCUCAAGAGCUGGUUCGAGGUCAAGCGCAUCCUUUAACGACCUAUGUAGCAUGCAACGAAUGCGACGAUGUUGGGUGGUGUUUGCACGCGGAUGUGUAUGUCGAGGCAGCCGUCCGAGAGACUAGCGACC